GAAUUCGAGAGAGGAUGGAGCUUGUGCAGCUACUGGAGGGAAGUCUAUCGGCGGCCACAGAUGUGCGUGCGCAGAGCGAGGCUCGCUUGACGGAGCUGCUGCGGACCCCUGGCUUCGCACUUCAGCUCGGCGAGUUUCUCUUCUCCGCUGAGGCGUCUGAAGCGCAGCGUCAGUUGUCCGCAUUGCUACUCAAGAAGCUUGUUACGUCUUAUUGGGUGGCUAGCGAGGAGACUAUCUACGUAGUCCCGGAGAACGAGAAGACGCAAGUCAAGCAGGCGCUCGUGCUAGCUCUACAGCAGCGUCUGGAGCUCUUCGCCGGUAGCAAACUACAAACCGCCUUGUGUCUCAUCUUGACCGCCAUCUUCGAGCGCGACUGGCCCGACCAAUGGACCGAGAUCCUGCCAGCGAUUAUGGCCAUGAUCUCGGGUCAAGAUAAGCUUCGUAUCGACUUUGCCGUGCGCUUUCUAUCGCUUUCAGGCGGUCAUUUCUCCAGUGACAAUUGCUGCGAGCUCGUGGCCUCCGUCUUCCCGCACUUACGCCGCGUCUUCGUGCUCACAAAUGAGUUCCCCGCCGGUACUCGAUCCAGAAUUGCUCGCAUCGUACAGAGCAGCCUGCUAAUGGUCGGAAUGGAGGCCCAGGUAGGCAACACGACGGCCCGUCAGCUGCUACACGAGAACACGACGCAAUGGAUCGCGCUAUUCCUCGAGCAACUGGCCGCACCAGCGCACAACGUCAAGGACUAUUCGAUCAAGAUCCAGAUCCUGACGACGCUCGCGAGUUUCGUGCGUGAAUGGCCCAAGGAGAUGACGGAGCUGAUGCCUCAGAUCAUGCCUCAAGUGUACGGUCUUAUGCUCAACGACGCUGAAGCUUACGAACAUCAAGUGGUUCUGAACUCCUCCGAGGAAGAAGAAGGCUACGACAGUGAUGGAGAGGGCGCACUGAUUGGUCGAAGUGCCAUGAUCGUCGCUGCCUUCGAGUUCGUGCGUGGAGCCAUCCAGACCCCCACCAAGAAGACCCGACAGCUCAUUGUCGGUGGAUUGGCCGACUUUGUGUUCGUUAUGAUUGGCUACAUGCAGAUCACAGUGAGUCAGAUGGAGGCGUGGCAGGAGGAUCCCAACAAGUACGUGGCUGAUGAGGACGACGAGAGUCUGGCGUUCAACGUCCGUAACGCCGCUACGGACUUGCUGACAGAGCUGGAAGCUGUGCUGGGUCGUAAGGCUGUUGUGGCUGCUCUGGAUGCUGCGCAACGUCGUCUUAAGGCUGAAAACUCCAACAACUGGCGGCUCCAGGAAGCGGCGCUGCUGGUCGUUGGCUGUUUGGCUGGACCGACACUUGAUGCCAUCAGUAAGAACGCUGCUGAUAUCUCCCAGUUGAUGGAUCUAUCGGCGUUCUUGCAGACGUUGUUCAAGGUCAUGAAUGCAGGCAGUCAGGAGAUUUAUUUGCGUGCUAGAGCGCUGUGGUGCGCCAGUCGCUUGGCUAAGGGGAUGAACCAGGAGAUGCUGGACGCUUUCCUUCAAGUGGCGAUCUCGGGACUUGAGCAGGGCCAAGUGCUGCCUGUUCGGAUGUACGCUUGUCGCGCUAUUGGAGCAAUUAUCCGUCACGAUACAGGCAAGGCUCGGCUCCAGGAGGCUAGUGUUGUUAUCAUCGACCGCCUGACCAUCUUGGCUGAGCAGUCGACGAACGAGACGCUCCAUAUUGCGCUUGAGACGUUGGUUGUGGUGCUUCAAGAGUCCGAAGCGAUCGCUCUGGAGUCGGCGCAACGUGUUGUCGCGUGCUUCUUGCACCACUGGAGCCAGAACCUGAACGAUCCAUUGAUCAGUGAACUCAUUGACGGCGCCUUUGGAGCGCUCUUGCAACUGGACAAUGCUGUUAUUACUGCGAAAGUUCACGAACAAGUCUUACCUGUGAUUCGUUCCAUGCUAAUUCAAAGUGCGACGGACCUGGGAGAUACUGGCAAUGGCAUUUACACUGCUGGCAGUGCGUUGACGAUCCUCAAGACGCUGCUACGACACUCGUUCGCUUCCAGUGGCACCGUGUCUAGCGGCGGGACUGAUCCUACUACCCAGCAGCUUGGAGCGCAGGUGGUUCAGCAGACGUUCGAGCCUGUGGUGACUGUGCUCGGAGCUGUGGAGGACGAGAAGGUGCUGAAUGCUGGCUCGGAAUGCCUCAAGUGGCUCGUGAUGUUUGCUGUUGACCCUCUGGCCGCGUACACUACUGCUGCUGGCACCAACGGCAUCGACACGACGCUCUCUGUCUCCGCCAAACUGCUGUCUCCUGCUGUCUCUGAUGCCAGCGCUACGUGCGUUGGUGGAUUGAUUACCCAGAUCCUGCUCAAGCUCGGCCCCAGUCUGCCCACUGCGACAGUGCAGUCGAUCCUUAGUGCUGUCUGCGCUCGACUGGCGGCGACUGAGUUGCCGUCUCUGGUGCAGUCUCUGUGCAUGGUGUUUGCUCGUCUGGUUCACUCUCACGGCCCCGAAAUCCUGAAUGUAUUGGAGCAAUUGCCGCCUCCUGCAGCCUCUACUGGCCAGACACAGGCUCCGAACAUGCUGACGUUUGUAUUCCGCACUUGGAUCGAGAAGCAGCAGGAUUUCUAUGGACUUUACUGCAUCAAGGUGACGAUGAGUGCUUUGCUCAAGGUUGUCGAGUGGAAUGACCCUCGUAUCAAUACCAUCACGGUCACUGGCAGCGCUGUGGACUCGGCAAACAACGAUGCUGCGGGUAUCCGGACCCGGUCGAAGGCUCGAAGCACUCCUGCUAGCGCACAGAUGCAGUACACGACGGUGCACUUCUUGACCAAGUUUGUGGUCAUUCUGGCGAAGACAAUGUCCAACUUGGCGGAGGAUGAAGAAGAGUGGGAAUCGUCCGAUGACGACUCGUCCGAUGGCGAAGGAGACGAUGACGCUGUCUCUGGAGCUGGUGGCUCCUCGGUGUUCGCUCCUGCUGAAAAAUACGAGCUUCUGUCGGACCGCUUGGAUGGUGAUGGCGCUGUGGAAGUCCGUGAUGGUGAAGAGCCAGAAGAAGAGUUCGAAGCGUACUUUGACCCUCUCAACGAGGUGGACCUAAAGGGUGCUAUUCCCCAGGCGCUACAGAACAUCACGGCCAAUGCUGGCUUGCUCGGGGCGAUCAUGCCCGAGCUGACGGCUGCGGACAAGGAAGCGCUUGCUGCUGUGUCGGCGCUGUCGGCGUAG